CAGAAAGUAGUCGGCCUGUCGCUGAGCCUGACACCGCUCAUAGCAGAGAGUGAGGAGGUUGUAGGUGGUCCCAUCUCCCUCCAGUCACACAUCGACACCUCAUCGGGAGUCACACAAUGUUACCGGCUGAACUGAACAUUUUGCUACGAAUCCUGGGUUCUCUGGUUGCAGCCUCCAUCACUGGUGAUCCGUGUGUGAAUCACACCAUCCUGGAUCAGCCCUGGAGGAGCUCGAAUUGCUCUGAAACUCGGUGCAGUGGUCAGUGGAUGGAUGAUGGAGACCUUACGGAAGGAUGGUACAGAUUUAGCAGUCAUGGAAAUGUGAAGAUCCCCGAGACUACGGUUCCAUUCUUUCACUGCUCUACAUGGAGUCCAGGCUGGUUAAAAGGUUCCCAUCCUGAUGUGGGAGAUGGCGAAGUGACCCGCACUAUCUGUUUCAACUGGGUUAAAGACAACCCGCAGAGAGAGACUUGCACCAAGAAAAUGGACAUCAGGAUCAAAAACUGCACAGCUUACUUUGUGUACGAGUUGAAGCCGACACCUGGUUUAUACAGUGUGUAUUGUACAGUUACAGAUUCCGCACUGGGUGAUCCGUGUGUAAACUACAGCAUCUUGGAUCAGUCCUGGAGGAGAAUGAAUUCUCCCAGCACGAGUGGAGAAUGUAUGUCCGACAAAAGUCUUGAGCAAGGAUGGUACAGAUUCAGCAGUUCUGGCAGAUGGAAACUCCCCGAGACAGCAGUUCCACAGGGUUGUUGCUGCAGGAAGAGACAAGGCUGGUUGGAAGGUUCCCAUCCCGCUGUGGCAGAGGGGGAGGUGAUGAGAAGGGUUUGCUUCACCGAGAAUGGAAACACAAAUCCUGAAUCUGUUGUGAGUGGACAGGGCACGAGUCAAAACAGCAACGCUUGUCUGGACAUUAAGAUCAAAAAUUGCAUUGGCUACUUUGUGUAUCUGCUGAAGCCAACACCUAGUAAUCACACUGUGUACUGCACAGUUUCCACACUCGGUGAUCCGUGUGUAAACCACACUAUCCUGAAUCAGCCCUGGAGGAGCACGGGUUGUUCAUCGGAAGAAUGCAGUAAAUACAUGAAUGAUGAAACCCGGACAGAAGGAUGGUACCAAUUCAAGAGUUCUGGGGGCUGGAGGAUUCCUGAGACUAUUGUUCAACCAUACAAGUGCUCCGGGAAGAGUCCAGGCUGGUUAAACGGUCACCAUCCCAGCGUGGGAGAGGGGGAGGUCAACAGGACUGUCUGCUUCAGCUGGGAGCAAAACAAUUGCGAUACGAAGCGGACAAUCAAGAUCAAAAACUGUGGUGCUUUCUUUGUUUACUGGCUGAAGCCGACACUCUGCUGUAAAAAAGUUUACUGUACAGAUCCAGCAUCUGAACCACCUUCGCAACCCGAGGGGACAACUUCUGAGCUAAGUGAUGAUUUGUCCACGAUCACAGACCCAGAUCCAAUAUGUAUACCAACUCCACAACCCAAGGGGACAAGUACUGAGCCAAGCAAUGAUUUGCCUACAAUCACGGACUCAGAUUCAAGAUCAGAUCCAGCGUCUGUACCAACUCCACAAACUGAGGGGACAACACCUGAGCCAAGCGAUGAUUUGUCCACAAUCACAAACCCAGACACAAGCUCAGAUGCAGUAUCUGAACCAACUCCACAAACCAAGGGGAUAACACCGGAGACAAGUGAUGAUUUGUCCACGUUCAUGGAACCAGACACAAGUUCAGAUGCAACAUCUAUAACAACUCCACAAACUGAGGAGACAACUCCUGAGCCAGGCGAUGAUUCGACAACGAUCAUGGACCCAGAUACAAGCUCAGAUCCAACAUCUGUACCAACUCCACAAACCGAGGGGACAACUCCUGAGCCAAGUGAUGAUUUUUCAAUGAUCACGGACAAGAAUACAAGCUCAGAUCGAACUUCUGUACCAACUCCUGUACCAACUCCACAAACUGAGGGUACAAGUCCUGAUCCAAGCAAUGAUUACUCCACAAUCACGGACCCAGAUACAAGCUCAGAUCCAUCAUCUGUACCAACUCCACAAACCGAGGGGAGGACUGCUGAGCCAAGUGAUGAUUUGUCCACAAUCACAGACCAAGCUACAAGCUCAGAUCCAUCAUCUGUAUCAACUCCACAAACUGAGAGGACAAGUCCUGAGCCAAGUGAUGAUUUGUCCACAAUCACGGACCAGGAUACAAGCUCAGAUCCAGCCUCUGAACCAACUUCACAAACUGAGGGGAUAACUCCUGAGCUAAGAGAUGAUUUGUCCACGAUCAAGGACCCAGAUACAAGCUCAGAUCCAACAUCUGUACCAACUCCACAAACCAAGGGGACAACUGCUGAGCCAGAUUCAGCAUCUGUACCAACUUCGCAACCCGAGGGGACCACUCCCCAGCCAAGCGAUGAUUUGUCCACAAGCAAUGACCCAGAAACAAGCUCAGAUUCAGCAUCUGUACCAACUCCACAAACUGAGUGGACAACUCCUGAGCCAAGCGAUGAUUACUCCACAAAAGAGGACCCAGAUACAAGCUCAGAUCCAACAUCUGUACCAACUCCACAAACCAAGGGGACAACUGCUGAGUCAAGUGAUGAUUUGUCCACAAUCACAGACCCAGACACAAGCUCAGAUUCAGCAUCUGUACCAACUUCGCAACCCGAGGGGACCACUCCCCAGCCAAGCGAUGAUUUGUCCACAAGCAAUGACCCAGAAACAAGCUCAGAUUCAGCAUCUGUACCAACUCCACAAACUGAGUGGACAACUCCUGAGCCAAGCGAUGAUUACUCCACAAAAGAGGACCCAGAUACAAGCUCAGAUCCAACAUCUGUACCAACUCCACAAACCGAGUGGACAAGUCCUGAGCCAAGUGAUGAUUCGUCCACAAUCACGGACCAGGAUACAAGCUCAGAUCCAGCCUCUGAACCAACUCCACAAACUGAGGGGACAACUCCUGAGCUAAGCGAUGAUUUGUCCACGAUCAAGGACCCAGAUACAAGCUCAGAUCCCCAGAUAUCCACAAGUGAAGAAGCUGGAAAAUCAUCAGCUGGAGGACACAACCAGGAACCAUUGUCUGUCCCAAUGGGAGAUACAUCCACAGGUAAAGGACACAGCAUGUCAACAACUACAGGACCCAUCCAAGAAACAUCCUCUUCCCAAGAGAAAGAAACUUGCUCAGUCAAUGAACUCCCAACAAAGGAGGAGUGUGAAAAGAUGAUUAACACGGCCCUAGUUUUAUAUGUUGGACAGAGCAACCUGGAAAACUCCAAGGAGUAUCUCCAUCAGAUACGUGAGAUGCUGAUAGAGCAGACCCCCUGUAAGUACGUCCUGUCCAAGUACAGAAGAUAAACAGAACAGAGAAAGCAGGAAGAUGGAAAAGAGUUGAUACAGAAGAUACUGGAUUAUGGUCAUGAAUGUAUUACUCUAUUCAAUGUAUUGAUGGGGUGGGGACGGUGGUGGGGAAUCUGGGACAGUGGGGUAAUUUAAGUAAAAAAUGCAUAAUUAUCCAUACAGUCUUUCUUCUGCAUUUCCUACAUCUUAUUGAUAAACAAGUUAUUCUUUUCCAAUUUUAAAGUUAAUUCUAUUAUUAAACCACAUAUAUGUUACCAUAAACAGUCCUGAGAUUUACUUUCUUGCAUAUCAAUAGAAUAACAAUCAUAACCAAAUCAAUGAAAGACCACCCAACUAAGGUGUUCACCAGAGUGCAGAAGACAACAAACUGUGUAAAUACAAAAUGAAGAGAUGAUCAUAAUAAAUAAAAACAUGCUGAAUAUUGAAAACAUGAGAUGAAGAGCUCUUGAAAGUGAAUCCAUUGGUUCAGGAAACAUUUCACUGAUAGGGUAGGUGAAGUUGAGUGAAGUUAUCCCCUUUGGUGCAAGAGCCUGAUGGUUGAAGGGUGGUAACUGUUUCUGAACCUGUCCUUGAUGUUAGGUGUUCCUGUUGAUAGC